AUGACAACAAGCCAAACUACGCCUCAAGCAACCGGCUCCAUUCUGCUGAAAGGAGGCACCCUACUGUUUCACAAUGAGCGAGAUGAUGUGACGCCUCUCAAGAACACCGACAUACUUGUGCAAGGCAACCGUAUUGCCAAGAUUGGAAAAGCAAUUGCACUCCCGGCAGGAGCUCAGCUCGUCGACUGCAGCGGCAAGAUCAUUAGCCCAGGUUUUGUUGACACCCAUCACCACCUUUGGCAGACCCAGCUCAAGGGGUGCCAUGCAGACCAAUCAAUCUUUGACUACGUUCCCUCUGGUUAUUGGCAAAGCCAUGUCUAUUCUCCCAAGGACAUGUUCUGGGGCCAGUUGGGUGGCGCACUGGAAGCGAUAGAUGCUGGAACAACUUUCGUACUUGAUCAUGCUCAUGGCAAUCAAACCAAUGACCAUGCCACCCAAGCGCUAUCAGCCACAAUUGCUUCAGGCAUUCGCUCAAUUUUCGCCUACUCCCAAGCCCCAUAUUUCACGAAAUGGGACUCUAAAACCUGCGAGCUAUCAAUGGAUAUCAUGCCAGACUCAAGCAUGGCGCAUAUCUUUGAGCUUGCAAAAGCACAGCCCUAUGGAAACGGGAGGGUUCAAAUCGGAUUCGGAUUCGACUAUUGGUUUCUCCCCAAAGAGGCCAUCGUAGGCAUUUUCAACGGACUUCGCCAUGCUGGUAUCAAGCUUUUUACCUCUCACUACGCGAAAAAUCCAACCUUUGGAGCAAACCCCCUGAUCCACACCCUGGAGGCUUAUGGUCUCAUCAAGUCACCUAGUGACAUCUUGCUGUCGCACGCCACAGGCCUCGAUGCGAGCGAGAAAGCCAAACUGGCUGAAACCCAGGUUGCUGUGUCGAGCACUCCAGACACGGAAGCUCAGAUGGGCUUCGGCUGGCCUCUUGCCUUCUCAUCAGGCAUUAACUACACGAUCGGUGUCGAUUGCCACACAAAUAACACAUCCUCAAUCCUGUCUCUCGCUCGAUCUGCUUUGCAGAUGGCGCGCCAACGCGAGGCGAUUGCGGAGACAAAUGGUUCAGAUGGCGCUCCUCAGAAACUGAAUCUCCAGCCGGCGGGCAGCACCCAGGAUGCUUUCAACGCAGCAACCAUCAGAGGAGCGCGUGCGGUGCUUUUGGGGGACGAGAUUGGGUCCCUAAAGGAGGGAAAGUUGGCUGACCUGAUCCUCUUUGAUGCUGCCGGGAGUGUGACAAUGAGUUGCGUAGCAGACUCGGAUCCUUUGACUGCGGUUGUUCGUCACAGCGAUAUUCGAGAUAUCGAAGCUGUUCUCAUAGACGGAGUCUGGAGGAAGCAAGGAGGCAAAGUCUGCCCAGUGACCGUUGCAGAGACAGGAUCCACUUUGCAGUGGGCUGAAAUCAGGGAUAAGUUGCUUGAGAGCCAGCGGGAGAUUCAGCAGCGACAGAAGAACUUGAAUAUGGAAAAGGCGAAGGAGGCUCUUGUUGCCAUGUACCGGAUCAACACAAACAACUUGAUCGAGAAGCAAAAAAAAACUUAG